AUGUCGCUGUACUACCGUCCGACUCCCGACCGGCAUACCGUAGCGGAUUUCAAACUUGCAGCCCGUCGCCGGACGAAGAAAAUUCAAGUUAUUCUACGGAAAACUGGACACUGCACAAUAAAAACUUGUAGGAAUCUUUCUACGCUAGGUGAUAAGUGUAAUGGGCCCAUAAGGAGAAUUAGCGUCUUCCUUACUUCUGCCGCGAAGCUAUCAGGCGUCUGGAUGGAAGAGAACUCGGCCUUAUGUCCCAAGUUUGGCGGGAAAGCUAUGUCGUUAGUUAGUCAAUUAGUUAGUAGCAUAAGAACAGAUGGAGCGUACAAAAAUUUUUCUAUUUACAAAUCGUGAAAAAAAUUCUACAGCGUAGAUAAAAAAAUCU